AUGGCAACCGCUACGCCCCGUCGGGAGCCUCAUACAGAGUUUAGAGACGUCACUGCUCACACUGCAAAAUGCGAUGUGUGCAAUCAGAAGAACAAACAGAUCCUCAAGCGUUGCCUAACAUGCUCCUGGGGGAUCUGCACACCAUGCAGCAGGGACAGAGGUGACAAUCUUACCCAUGGUGCUGCCUCUGGGGCAAGCUAUCCGAGGCCUACGCCUAUACCUAAACCGCCGACGCCAGCACCAAAGGCGGAAGACAUAGAGGCUUUCGAUCUGACGAGUGAGACUUCGCAAUCUACUCAAGCAUCGGCGACCACCAGAGGCAAGGGUAAGAGCCGUGCCACAGCGAGCUCCACCCAAGCUGCUGCUACCCAGCACAAGAGGAAAGCCCGCACGAUCAUCGAUUCCGAGGAUGAAGACGGUCCCUCUGAGACACCCUUCGCGUCCGGGUUCACCUCCAGGUCCAGCUACGCCUCGAAGGACAUCAACUCGGCGAAAGACUGCCGAGACGACCCGCAAGUCAGCUAUGAAGAGAGCGGCGGAGAAGAGCACGCAAGGCGAGGCCUCGAGCUCUGCCACAACGAGCCAAGCAGCCUCGCGGCAUGA